GAAUUAUAGAAACAAGUUUUAACAAAACCUCCGGUCCUCGUCGCCGGCGUUAUCGGAAGACAAAUUCGUAUCUUUGACCCGUAAAUUCGUACUCGACACAGUACAAUCAUUGCCGGAGUAGACUGAGAUUACGAUUGUGCUCACGUAACACAUUCUUAUUGGACCGUUUUAAAAAACCCUAACUAAAACUCGCCGCCACCGCCGCCGCCGACUCUGUUAUACCGGUUCGUUUGCUCGAUCUUGAACUUCUCUUGAAUAAAAAAUGCGUGUUUGCUCCAUUUAUAAUCAUCUCAUCUAUAUUCAUGGUCGCUGAAUCAGUGUUUUGAUCACUAUGCUUAGUUUCGAUUUUGGGGUUUAAUCUUUCUCUGCAGAAAUUGGUGUAGUUCAGAGGAGAUACGUCUUUUGAUCCUUUAUACGAAUAUAAGAAAUGGGUUCACGAGAAAAAUUGUUUCUUGAUCUUAAUGAAGUUCCUGUAGAAGUUGAUGGAAAUGAUAAUAUGAAUUUGAAUCAACCAAAGAAUGUUAUUGUGUCUUCAAACGCUAAUACUUGUGGAGACUAUGGCAGAGAAGAAGGUGAAUUGAUGGAUUCUGAUGCUAGUGUUAAGGAAAACACACAAGAUCAUUCUGACUACAAGGGGAUGAUAGAAACUGGCGGUGAACAAGAUUUGACGGUGAAGCAGAGAGAGGUUAACGGAGUUGAAGCAAGUCAUGCAGUUAAGUGUGCUAAUACUACAGUGAAGAGAAAGAUGGAUCAACAGAAAGAGGCAAUGUUGGGAAAGAAACGAAAUAGGCAGACUAUGUUUCUGAAUCUUGAAGAUGUUAAGCAAGCAGGUACUAUUAAGACUUCUACACCUAGGAGACAGAACUUUUCACAGGCUGUCGUUACACGCUCCACUGCAGUUAAUCCACCUGCUGAGUAUGGAGGAGAAAUCCAAAGCCAUCGAGAUCAAAAAUCAGUUGAUUACUCUUCUAAUGGCAGUAUACAUCCAAAAUCUGCUGAACAGAAGUCCGAAAGUAAUGGUGAAUCAAAUUCGAGUUUACUUGGUAAACCUGGGAGGUUCAGCGGGGAUGAAGGACCUUCUGCUGAAGGGAUGGGAACAUCUGUGUCAAGGCAGGCUUCUUGGAAGCAGCCGGCUAAUUUACGGCAGCCCAAGAGCGGUCAUUCAUCUAGUGGAAAAGUCUCUUACAGCCAAAGAUCUUUCAAGAAGCCAGCCACAACUAGUACCCAAUAUCAGGAUACGUCAGUGCAACGUCUUAUACGAGAGGUGACCAACGAAAAGUUCUGGCGUCAUCCUGAGGAUACCGAACUCCGAAGUGUACCUGAGCGAUUUGAAUCUAUGGAGGAAUAUGUCAGAGUUUUUGAACCCUUACUUUUUGAGGAAUGCCGAGCACAACUUUACAGUACAUGGGUUGAACUGGCUGAGGCAAAUACAUAUGUGAAAGUUCGAAUAAAAUCCAUCGAAAGAAGAGAGAGAGGAUGGUAUGAUGUAAUACUUGUCUCCUUAAAUGGCUGUAAAUGGGCUUUCAAGGAGGGAGAUGUUGCAGUUCUUUCAACUCCACUGCCUGAAUCAGAUGAAGACCAUGAGGAUGCUGGACGUGUCGCUGGUAAAGUUAGGAGACAUAUACCAGUUGAUACCCGUGACCCUCUUGGAGCUACUCUUAAUUUCUAUGUUGGAGAUUCUGGUGGCACUGGCAGCAAGAUUGAUGAUAAUCAUAUUUUACGGAAGCUUAAACCUAAAGACAUCUGGCAUCUAACAGUGCUUGGUUCAAUUGCAACCUCACAGAGGGAAUAUGUUGCACUUCAUGCGUUUUCUCGACUUAACCCACAGAUGCAAAAUGCCAUUCUCAAUCCCAGUCCGGAGCAGUUUCCUAGUUACGAGGAGCAAACCCCUGCAACGCCUGAUUGUUUCACUACUAGCUUUGUUGACCAUUUACAUAGAAGCUUUAAUGCUCCGCAGCUGGCUGCAAUCCACUGGGCGGCAAUGCAUACUGCAGCUGGUACUAGUAGUGGGGUGAAGAAGCAAGAACCAUGGCCAUUCACUCUUGUUCAGGGCCCUCCAGGAACAGGCAAGACACACACUGUUUGGGGAAUGUUGAAUGUUAUCCAUUUGGUUCAGUAUCAACAAUAUUACACUUCGUUGCUGAAGAAAUUAGCACCUGAAACCUAUAAUCAAGCUAAUGAGUGCAGUUCAGAUAAUAUUUUGUCAGGCUCUAUUGAUGAAGUCCUACAAAACAUGGACCAGAAUCUGUUCCGCACCCUGCCCAAACUCUGUGCUAAACCAAGGAUGCUUGUUUGUGCUCCUUCGAAUGCUGCAACUGAUGAACUUCUUUCACGUGUCCUCGACCGUGGUUUCAUUGAUGGGGAGAUGAAGGUAUAUCGUCCCGAUGUUGCUCGAGUCGGUGUUGAUUCUCAAACGCGAGCUGCGCAAGCAGUUUCUGUGGAGCGAAGAAGUGAUCAGCUAUUAGCUAUAUCCCGCGACGAGAUUCGACGACACAUGCAUAACCUCAGACUACAAGAAACACAGAUUUCUCAAGAUAUAGCUGGACUUAAAAGGGAACUUAAUGCUGCAGCUUUUGCUACACGUUCUCAGGGAUCUGUUGGAGUUGAUCCUGAAGUCCUUAUCUCAAGAGACCAGAAAAGAGAUGCAUUGUUACAGCACCUUGCUGCUGUGGUUGAAGCCAGAGAUAAAGUCCUUGUUGAAAUAUCUCGCCUUCUUAUUGUGGAGGGAAAGUUUCGUGCUCGUAACAAUUUUAAUCUAGAGGAAGCUCGAGCGAGUCUUGAGGCAAGUUUUGCAAACGAGGCUGAAAUUGUUUUUACCACCGUAUCAAGCAGUGGUCGUAAAUUGUUUUCUCGUCUUACCCAUGGCUUCGACAUGGUUGUCAUUGACGAGGCUGCCCAAGCUAGUGAGGUUGGAGUUCUUCCUCCCCUUGCUCUUGGUGCUGCGCGAUGUGUACUUGUCGGUGAUCCUCAGCAGCUUCCUGCGACAGUAAUUAGCAAGGCUGCUGGAACUCUUUUAUAUAGUAGAAGUCUCUUUGAAAGGUUUCAGCUAGCAGGUUGUCCGACUUUGUUGUUGACUGUUCAAUACAGAAUGCAUCCUCAAAUUCGAGAUUUUCCUUCACGGUACUUCUACCAAGGACGUCUCAAAGACAGUGAAAGUAUAUCCAGUGCUCCUGAUGAGAUUUACUAUAAAGAUCCUGUUCUUAGGCCUUACCUUUUCUUCAAUAUUAGCCAUGGGCGGGAGUCUCAUAGAGGUGGGUCUGUAUCUUACGAGAAUGUUGAUGAAGCUCGAUUCUGUGUUGGGAUGUACAUGCAUAUUCAGAAAACUCUGAAGUCGUUGGGUGCGGGUAAAGUGUCUGUGGGAGUAAUAACCCCGUACAAACUGCAGCUGAAAUGCCUGAAGCACGAGUUUGGCAAUGCAUUGGGCCAAGAUGAACUGAAAGAGAUUUAUAUAAAUACAGUAGACGCGUUUCAGGGUCAAGAACGUGAUGUCAUAAUCAUGUCAUGUGUGCGUGCUUCAGGUCACGGGGUUGGCUUUGUUUCAGAUAUCCGGCGGAUGAACGUUGCUCUUACCCGUGCGAGAAGAGCUCUGUGGGUGAUGGGAAAUGCAUCUGCUCUGAUGAAGUCUGAGGAUUGGGCAGCGUUGAUCACUGACGCGAGAGGCAGAAACUGUUUUAUGGAAAUGGACUCUCUUCCCCUGGAUUUCCCAGUUCCUAAAGUACCUAGUUAUAAUCCCAUGGCACCUAGUACCGGGUUAAUAACAUCGAAGUUGUACCCUUCUGACUCACAAAUCAUAGGCCUGCACAACAAAUUACGUUGAAGGUGCAUUGUGUUUCAACGACCAUGGAACUUGUUGAUAAUUACCCUCGGUGUGAAGACUCUCAAGACGGUUUUAUUACAGGACACAUGUACUGGAUUUUGCUUCUCUCUUCAAAAAAUCUUUUUUUUUUGU